CUUCAAUAUCUUACAUAAUGUCAACAUAAACUUGGCAUAAGAGUACAAAGUCGAACAUGCGUGUCUGUGGCCCUGGACGAAAUUGCAUUUCUCGUUGGAACCUGAAGUAGAAGGGGCAGACGAGGGCCACAGCAAUGGCGGUCAAAGCAACCUAUCUGGUGGUAUACAAUUUUCUGCAGGCCCUUGGUUGGUUGUAUGUUGCCGUCCUGCUUCUUGACAACUACUUCAAAACAGGCUCGUUUGACCAGUCAUACUCGGUGGUCAAAGAUGUUGUUGGAUUCUUACUGCUUGGCGCCUUCUUGGAAGUUAUUCAUGCCGCAGUGGGCCUUGUCCGCAGCGGCACCCUGAACACACUGCUUCAAUGGCUUGGCCGCCUACAUGUCUACUAUGCAGUCAUUGGCUCAGUCCCUGAGCUACAAUCCGAGCCGGCCCUCGCUAUCAUGCUCCUGGCUUGGUCCUUGAUUGAGAUCAUCCGGUACCCCCAAAACGCACUGGCGACCAUCAAAGCUAGCCCUAGGUGGCUGGUAUGGCUCCGGUACACGGCUUUCAUCCCUCUGUACCCAGCAGGCGUGCUCGGAGAAGUGAUUCUUAUGUAUAAGGCCCUUCCCUACAUAAAGGACCGCUCUUUGCACGGGGAGUACUUCAAGCAUCUGCCCUUUGGCUAUCACGAGUUCCUCUGGGGCGUCCUUCUCGUGUAUCCUUUCCUUUGGCUCAACCUGUACCUGUACUUGUUCCGACAAAGAAAAGCCCGCUUGGCAGGCCAGAAGAAGCCUGUGAAGCGAACAUCAAAAAGGGAGUGAAUUUUGACAUCUAUAGAUCAAAUCGGAAACUUUGUAUGGGGUAUAUAGACUUUAGUUUGAUGACCCGAGCUCGAAGUUGUUUGUGUACAGCAGCAAGACUGGAUUAGGAAGUCACUAAGUUGCUUGCUUUUACGAAAGGCUGCUAGAACAGUUUGUCGAAUUCCGGACUUUUUUUAACAGUCGCUUAAGUGAUAACGGAAAGUGCGCCUCUUUCAGCAGAAAAUUCUCGUGAGCUGUCUUCCGUCAAGUUGCACGCUCCUGUUCUCGAGGUGGAUUACUAAGAUAUCAGCAUGCGUUUGAUCAGUUUCCAGCAGCCAUAUCUGACGUUAGAGUAACGUAGUUGUCCAUGCAAACAUUCCGAAGUUCGAUUGGAAUAGCUAGCAUAUACUGCAAUUGUAUAUUUACGUGGAGUCCGACACAUGUACUACGAAAGAAUGUCGGAUCGUCUUUGAAAGGGCCGUCGGAGUGACAUUCAGAUCGUCACAAGAACACCCGA